GAAGCCCCCAAUGCCCAGCGCCAGGAGGAGAUGGAGUGUGGAGCAGCGACCCCUGACCCCACCAAUGAUGUCACACUGUCCCAGGUAAGGUAAUCAUAUUCAAAUCAUAUUUUUUUGCAGUCAGAGGUAAAGACAUUACUCUGAAGGACAGUGUUCGGAGAAUUGUGGUCUUAAAGUUUUUAAAGGCAUGCUCCGGAACUUUGGUGACGAUUGAGUAUUUUUGAAACCGCCCGCUUUAGGCUAGAUGUGUCAAUCUGUAGUUCAUAUAUGCAUAAUCUAUGAGCAGAAUUACUGUUUUACCUCAAUUAGCCAUGAAAUCCCUCGUUUGAAAGCGACUGUUUUUCUGGGAGCUGUGCUGUGCAAUUUUCCCUACAUUUUCCCCCACAUGAGCCAGCAGCCUAGCAAUACGACUUCUAGCCAAUGAGCUUCAGCUCCUCGACAUUUGAGUGACCGCUAGCAAGACGCGCGCACACACAGCAGAUCGAGAGGGAGAGCAUGACGUGGUGCACAUAUCUGCACAUAUGUGACAUAGUAUGCAAUCUUUGGAGACCAAGUUGUCUCCCCUUAUGGUUUGUGAGCGCUACUUUCAGAACUACUGGCUAGAAAGUAUACGGUAGUACCAGAUAAUGUCUUUAAGUGGGUGUGUGUGCGUGCUAGGAACAGGACAUCAGUGGAGAGGACAGUCUGAGUGAGGAGGAGAAAGCCAAACGCAGAGCGGAGCGACGCAGAGCCAAGAGAAAGGUUAGCAACACGCAGCCAUACACACGCGUACUCCACCUGAGCCAUAGUGUUUCGUUAAAAAUCAUGAGACCAGUGAAGAACAUAGUCAGCACAUAAUCUGUAUUCCUGAUGCGUGAUGCUGUUCCUAUGUUUUGCUCAGCGUCGACGGGAGCGCAAGAAGCUGGAGCAGGUGAAGAAGCCUGAGAGCACUGAGCAGGUAAACUACAAACCAGUAUUACAUGUCUUCAGAAUUAAUCUGAAUCAUGCGACACUUAGCAGCCUCAUUUGCAGUAAUCGAAAAAAGGAAUGUUAUGUAUAAAAAGGAAUGGACAGUUUGCAUUCCAACUAGGUUAUUAUAUGCCCUCUCUGUUUGUGUUUACCAGGACGCUGAAGAUGAUGAUGAUGAUGGUGAAUCGGAGGAGGAGGAAGCAGAGGGGAGCGAUUCUGAGGAGGUAGAAGAAAAAGAGGAUGGCGCAGCUCUUCCUCUUCCUCCCCCCAUCCAUCGCUCCAAGGAGCCCCCCGCCCCAUCUCCAGCCCCCUCAGGGACUAAAGGACCCCAGAAGACCGCUGCACGACCCUCUGAAGAGGUAGGGGCAGACGGACUCCUUCAUCUUGGCAAGGCAAUGGCGUAAGAGCCUGGUCCCAGGUCUGUUUGUGCUGUCUGUGUGACAAUGGCUAUAGGAAUUGGAAAGGCAGCACAAACUGAUAUGGAACCAGGCCGAUGAUGCAGUGUUGUUGAGUUCAGAAACCGUCUGGGAAACUACCCAGGCUAGUUUUUAGGUCUCUACUUGAGGAGUCUUAAUACACACUGAUGGCUACCUUUGUAAACCAGUCUCUCUUUCUUUCUUUCUUUCUUUCUUUCUUUCCUUCUCCCCUUCUCCUGUAGGAACCGGAGUGGGAUGUGAGCAGUGCGUUCUUUGCCAACGCUGCUAGCCACAUCAGGCCAAAAGGCUGGACCAAACCUGGGCGCAAGUCCAAAGAGAACAAGGAGAACGAGGGCAGAACCAGAGAGGUAAGUGGACCCUGAGCUUUGGGAUAUCUACCUUGCUGGCUAGUUGCUGUGGUAAGAGUGUUGCUAGCCAGGAUAUCUAGCUAGAUACAGUGAGGGAAAAAAGUAUUUGAUCCCCUGCUGAUUUUGUAGGUUUGCCCACUGACAAAGACAUGAUCAGUCUCAUUUUAAUGGUAGGUUUAUUUGAACAGUGCGAUACAGAAUAACAACAACAAAAUCCAGAAAAACGCAUGUCAAAAAUGUUAUGAAUUGAUUUGCAUUGUAAUGAGGGAAAUAAGUAUUUGACCCCUCUGCAAAACAUGGCCACCAGGUUUGCACACAUCUCAGGAGGGAUUUUAUCCCACUCCUCUUUGCAGAUCUUCUCCAAGUCAUUAAGGUUUUGAGGCUGACGUUUGGCAACUCGAACCUUCAGCUCCCUCCACAGAUUUUCUAUGGGAUUAAAGUCUGGAGACUGGCUAGGCCACUCCAGGACCUUAAUGUGCUUCUUCUUGAGCCACUCAUUUGUUGCCUUGGCCGUGUGUUUUGGGUCAUUGUCAUGCUGGAAUACCCAUCCACGACCCAUUUUCAAUGCCCUGGCUGAGGGAAGGAGGUUCUCACCUAAGAUUUGACGGUACAUGGCCCCAUCCAUCGUCCCUUUGAUGCGGUGAAGUUGUCCUGUCCCCUUAGCAGAAAAACACCCCCAAAGCAUAAUGUUUCCACCUCCAUGUUUGACAGUGGGGAUGGUGUUCUUGGGGUCAUAGGCAGCAUUCGUCCUCCUCCAAACACAGCGAGUUGAGUUGAUGCCAAAGAGCUCGAUUUUGGUCUCAUCUGACCACAACACUUUCACCCAGUUCUCCUCUGAAUCAUUCAGAUGUUCAUUGGCAAAUUUCAGACGGGCCUGUAUAUGUGCUUUCUUGAGCAGGGGGACCUUGCGGGCGCUGCAGGAUUUCAGUCCUUCACGGCAUAGUGUGUUACCAAUUGUUUUCUUGGUGACUAUGGUCCCAGUUGCCUUGAGAUCAUUGACAAGAUCCUCCUGUGUAGUUCUGGGCUGAUUCCUCACCGUUCUCAUGAUCAUUGCAACUCCACGAGGUGAGAUCUUGCAUGGAGCCCCAGGCCGAGGGAGAUUGACAGGUCUUUUGUGUUUCUUCCAUUUGCGAAUAAUCACACCAACUGUUGUCACCUUCUCACCAAGCUGCUUGGCGAUGGUCUUGUAGCCCAUUCCAGCCUUGUGUAGGUCUACAAUCUUGUCCCUGACAUCCUUGGAGAGCUCUUUGGUCUUGGCCAUGGUGGAGAGUUUGGAAUCUGAUUGAUUGAUUGCUUCUGUGGACAGGUGUCAUUUAUACAGGUAACAAGCUAAGAUUAGGAGCACUCCCUUUUAAGAGUGUGCUCCUAAUCUCAGCUCGUUACCUGUAUAAAAGACACCUGGGAGCCAGAAAUCUUUCUGAUUUGAGAGGGGGUCAAAUACUUAUUUCCCUCAUUUAAAAUGCAAAUCAAUUUAUAACAUUUUUGACAUGCGUUUUUCUGGAUUUUUUGUUGUUAUUCUGUCUCUCACUGUUAAAAUCAACCUACCAUUAAAAUUAUAGACUGAUCAUGUCUUUGUCAGUGGGCAAACGUACAAAAUCAGCAGGGGAUCAAAUACUUUUAUCCCUCACUGUAGUUGCUGUGGUGGGUGUUUUGUUGAUGUCUGUCUGUAAGAGGUGUUGGGGCUAACGCUAGCUAGCUACUUAGAAGUUGUGGCAGUAGCAGUGUUGUUGGGGCUAAUGAUGCUAGCUAGGUAGCUAGUUUCUGUGGUAGGAGUGUUGAUGAUAGCUAGCUACCUGUCUGCUGUGAGGCAUAGGAUAUCUUGCUAGCUAGAAGUCGCUGCGUUGUGGAAGUGUUAUUGGGGCUAAGGAUAGCGAGGUAGCUAGCUAGUUGGUGAAAGCUUGCUGUUUGAUAGCUGUUAUAGCAGUGUUGGUGAUUACUUGCUCUCUGUACUGGGAGUGUUGAUGGCUAACUGUCUGCUCUGGUAGUAGUGACGGGGAUAAGGGUAGCUAGGUACAGUAGCUAUUUACUGUGGUAGGAGUGUGGGGGCUAAAGAUAGCUAACUGUCUACUGUAGUAGGGGAGACCAGGGGUAAAAGUAGGCACAUCAAAUGUUCAGCCUGCUGCACAGACCCUAUGGAUGCUCUAGUCUAGAGUGCCGGGUUAAAUUGUGCUCAGGAUAAUCUUACAUCUCUAAAUGUUUAAAGUAGGAAGACAUAGAUGUGAUUAUUGAAAUAAUCUGAGUUUGCUUCAUUUACUAUAAUCCUAAAUUGCCACCUCUUUUUUUUAUUUACCUGUGGAACAUUCCCCAUGUGUCUAAUAAUAUAUAGUUUUUCAGUAAGAAGAUGUCUUUUUGAUUGGUGUAGUUGAUGAAAAUAUACUGAAACAAAAAUAUAAACGCAACAAUUUCAACGAUUUUACUGAUUUACAGUUCAUAUAAGGAAAUCAAUCAAUUGAACUAAAUCAAUAGGCCCUAAUCUAUGGAUUUCACAUGACUGGGCAGGGGCAUAGGCCCACCUGGGAGUGGCAUAGGCCCUCCCACUUGGGUGCCAGGCCCAGCCAAUCAGAAUUAGUUUUUCCUCACAAAAGGGCUGUAUUACAGACAGAAAUACUCCUCAGUUUCAUCAGCUGUCCAGGUGGCUGGUCUCAAACAAUCCCGCAGGUGAAAAAGCAGGAUGUGGAGGUCCUGGGCUAGCGUGGUUACACGUGGUCUGCGGUUGUGAGGCCGGUUGGAUAUACUGCCAAAUUCUCUAAAACGACGUUGGAGGUGGCUUAUGGUAGAGAAAUGAACAUUCAAUUAUCUGGCAACAGCUCUGGUGGACAUUCCUGUAGUCAGCAUGCCAAUUGCACGCUCCCUCAACUUGACAGCUGUGGCAUUGUGUUGUGUGACAAAACUGCACAUUUUAAAGUGGCCUUUUAUUGUCCCCAGUACAAGGUGCACCUGUGUAAUGAUCAUGCUGUUUAAUCAGCUUCUUGAUAUGACACAACUGUCAGGUAGAUGGAUUAUCUUGGUAAAGGAGAAAUGCUCACUAACAGGGAUGUAAACAAAUGUGUGCACAGAAUUGGAGAGAAAUAAGCUUUUUGUGCAUAUGGAACAUUUCUGGGAUCUUUUAUUUCAGUUCAUGAAACAUGGGACCAACACACUUCACAUGUUGUGUUUACAUUUUUGUUCAGUAUAAUUGUUGUUGCCUCUCAAGACUCAGAUUAGACUGAAAUGUGUAUUUGGGGGUCAAAUGUAACGCAUGUUACAAUUUACCCCUUACCUAAAGUCUAUGGUAUUUUUUAUGGUAUUUAGACACAUUCACAUAAUGAUAUGAAAUGUCACUUCUUUACAUCAAGUUUACCAGUAGAACUAAGAUAAUACCUUUUAGAAAUAUGCAAAAAGCCAAAUUCAUACUUUUGAACGCUAUAAGUAUCUUAUAUAAAAUAUGUACAUUUUGGCUACUCCGUUUUUGGUCAAUAUGACAUGCCUAAAAGAUCAAAUGGGAAAUAUUGUAUAGAUUUUGUUGAUUUUCAUACAAAUAUCAUUUUCAAUUACCCCUAAUUUUUACAGUUGAAGACAGUGUGAAAUUUAACCCUGCAGCAGCUAUUUUAGAUGUAGAUUUCUUAGUUUUAAUACUAAAAUAACUGUUAGUAAAUUGUCAUUUCAUCCUUCGUUAGGUUUAGUUAUUAUCAGUUGACUAAAACUCUGGACAAUUUAUCUAGUUUUAGUCAGUAAUUUUAGUCACAUAAUAGUUUUUUCCCCCAUUAAAUAAUAAAAAUGUACCUCUAACUUCCAUAAUGUGCACAUUAACAUAGCUUUCUCCAACUAGGUCUACUAUCCCCUCAUAUACAGUGCAUUCUGAAAAUAUUCAGACCCCUUGACUUAUUCCACAUUUUGUUACGUUACAGCCUUAUUCUAAAAUGGAUUUUAAUAAAUAUCCUCUUCAAUCUACACACAAUACCCCAUAAUGACAAAGCGAAAACAAACAGGUUUUUAGAAAUGUUUGCAAAUUUAAUAAAAAUAAAAAACAGAUACUUUAUUUACAUAAAUAUUCAGACACUUUGCUAUGAGACUCGACAUUGAGCUCAGGUGCAUCCUGUUUCCGAUGUUUCUACAACUUGAUUGGAGUCCACCUGUGGUAUAUUCUAUAAUUGGACAUGAUUUGGAAAGGUGCACACCUGUCUAUAUAAGGUCCCACAGUUGACAGUGCAUGUCAGAGCAAAAACCAAGCCAUGAGGUCGAAGUAAUUGUCCUUAGAGCUCCAAGACAGGAUUAUGUCGAGGCACAGAUCUGGGGAAGGGUAGCAAAAUAUUUCUCCACCAUUGAAGGUCCCCAAGAACACAGUGGCCUCCAUCAUUCUUAAAUUGAAGAAGUUUGGAACCUCAAACUCUUCCUAUAGCUGGCCGCCCGUCCAAACUGAGCAAUCAGGGGAGAAGGGCCUUGGUCAUGGAGGUGACCAAGUACCCGAUGGUCACUCUGACAGAUCUCCAGAGUUCCUCUGUGGAGAUGGGAGAACCUUCCAGAGCGACAACCAUCUCUGCAGUACCCCACCAAUCAGGCCUUUUAUGAUAGUGGCCAGAAGUAAGCCACUCCUCAGUAAAAGGCACAUGACAGCCCUCUUGCAGUUUGCCAAAGGGCACCUAAAGGACUCUCAGACCAUGAGAAACAAGAUUCUCUGGUUUGAUGAAACCAAGAUUGAACUAUUUGGCCUGAAUGCCAAGUGUCACGUCUGGAGGAAACCUGGCACCAUCCCUACGGUGAAGCAUGGUGGUUGCAGAGUCAUGCUGUUGGGAUGUUUUUCAGCUGCAGGGACUGGGAGACUAGUCAGGAUCGAGGGAAAGAUGAACGGAGCAAAGUACAGAGAGAUCAUUGAUGAAAACCUGCUCCAGAGCUCUCAGGACCUCAGACUGGGGCGAAGGUUCACCUUCAUACAGGACAACGACCCUAAGCACACAGGCAAGACAACGCAUGAGUGGCUUCGGGACAAGUCUCUGAAUGUCCUUGAGUGGCCCGGCCAGAGCCCGGACUUGAACCCGAUCUAAUAUCUUUGGAGAGACCUGAAAAUAACUGUGCAGCGAUGCUCCCCAUCCAACCUAACAGAGCUUGAAAGGAUCUGCAGAGAAGAAUGGGAGAAACUCCCCAAAUACAGGUGUGCCAAGCUUGUAGCGUCAUACCCAAGAAGACUCGAGGCUGUAAUCGCUGCCAAAGGCGCUUCAACAAAGUACUGAGUAAAGGGUCUGGAUACUUAUGUAAAUGUCAUAUUUCAGUUUUUGUUUUGUUAUACAUACAUUUGCAAAAAUUUCUUAACCUGUUUUUGCUUUGUCAUUAUGGGGUAUUGUGUGUAGAUUGAUUUAGGGGGGGGGAUUUUUGUUUAAUCCAUUUUAGAAUAAGGCUGUAAAGUAAUGUGGAAAAAGUCAAUGGGUCUGAAUAAUUUCUGAAUGCACUGUACCUUAGCUGGCAACAUUGCUAUUGUGGCAGAUUGUAACCAAUGCCAGCCAUAAUUAACCAUAUGGCUAUAAAGCCUUGGCUACAGGUUAAACAAUUUACAAUUCAGAUUUUCUCCCCAUCAUAACCGUUGAAGUCAUUUCCUUCAAAAGGGGAGAAUCUCAACUUUACAACAGUGCCAGAAAUAAUACUGUACUCCUAAUAAUACUGUACUCCUAAUAAUACUGUACUCCUAAUAAUACUGUACUCCUAAUAAUACUGUACUCCUAAUAAUACUGUACUCCUAAUAAUACUGUACUCCUAAUAAUGCUGUACUCCUAAUAUUCAGCAAAUAGCAUUUGUUUUUCCCUGCAGCGCAGCCUGUUACAUUUAACCCCACAUACGGGGCCAAUUGUAACAUUUCACUUCCGCCACUCUCGGUUAAAUAGUAAACGACUGGUAUGUCCUAGAAACGUAGUUAUUGUGUAAUGGUAGCUGAGACAUACCGUACCAGUCAAAAUUUUCGACACACCUACUCAUUCAAGGGUCUUUCUUUAUUUUUACUAAUUUCUACAUUGUAGAAUAAUAGUGAAGACAUCAAAACUAUAAUAUAACACAUUUGGAAUCCUAUAUUAACCAGAAAAGUGUUAAACAAAUCUAAAUAUGUUUUAUAUUUGAGAUUCUUCAAAGUAGACACCCUUUGCCUUGAUGACAGCUUUGCACACUCUUGGCAUUUUCUCAACCAGCUUCACCUGGAAUGCUUUCCCAACAGUCUUGAAGGAGUUCCCACAUAUGCGGAGCACUUGUUGGCUUCCUUUCCUUCACUCUGCGGUCCAACUCAUCCCAAACCAUCUCAAUUGGGUUGAGUUUGGGUGAUUGUGGAGGCCAGGUCAUCUGAUGCAGCACUCCAUCACUCUCCUUCUUGGUCAAUAGCCCUUACACUGCCUGGAGGUGUGUUGGGUCAUUGUCCUGUUGAAAAAUAAAGGAUAGUCCCCCUAAGCGCAAACCAGGAUGGCGUAUCGCUGCAGAAUGCUGUGGUAGCCAUGCGCUUUGAAUUCUAAAUAAAUCACCGACAUUGUCACCGGCAAAGCACCAUCACACCACCUCCUCCAUGCUUCACAGUGGGAACCACACAUGCAGAGAUCAUCCGUUCACCUACUCUGCGUCUCACAAAGACAUGGCGGUUGGAACCAAAAAUCUCUAAUUUGGACUCAUCAGACCAAAGGAUAGAUUUCCUCUGGUCUAAUGUCCAUUGCUCGUGUUUCUUGGCCCAAGCAAGUCUCUUCUUCUUAUUGGUGUCCUUUUAGUAGUGGUUUCUUUGCAGCAAUUCGACCAUGAAGGCCUGAUUCAUGCAGUUUCCUCUGAACAGUUGAUGUUGAGAUGUGUUUGUUACUUGAACUCUGUGAAGCAUUUAUUUGGGCUGCAAUUUCUGAGGCUGGUAACUCUAAUGAACUUAUCCUCUGCAGCAGAUGUAACUCUGGGUCUUCCUUUACUUUGGCGGUCCUCAUGAGAGCCAGUUUCAUCAUAGCGCUUGAUGGUUUUUGCGACUGCACUUGAAGAAACUUUCAAAGUUCUUGAAAUGUUCCGGAUUGACUGACAUUCAUGUCUUAAAGUAACAAUGGUAAUUUCUCUUUGCUUAUUUGAGCUGUUCUUGCCAUAAUAUGGACUUGGUCUGUUACCAAAUAGGGCUAUCUUCUGUAUACCAACCCUACCUUGUCAUAACACAACUGAUUGGCUCGAUGCAUUAAGAAGGAAAGAAAUUCCACAAAUUAACUUUUAACUUCAUGAAGCUGGUUGAGAGAAUGCCAAGAGUGUGCAAAGCUGUCAUCAAGGCAAAGGGUGGCUACUUUGAAGAAUCUCAAAUAUUAAAUAUAUUUUGAUUUGUUUAACACUUUUUUCUUACUACAUGAUUCCAUAUGUGUUAUUUCAUAGUGUUGAUGUCUUCACCUAUUAUUCUACAAUGUAGAAAAUAGUUAAAAUAAAGAAAAACCCUUGAAUGAGUAGGUGUGUCCAAACUUUUGACUGGUACUGUAUGUUUGUUUGAGUUAGAUUAAUACUAUUUAUAUACAAUCUUUUCAUAAAUAAGCAAAAGGCAAAAAGUGUUACAUUUUAUAUCGUCUCCCCUCGUGUUGAUAGCUUUAGGCUGUGGCAGGUUCAAUGUCCUCCCUAAGGCAAGGUGAACUCUGGAUCUGGAAGUUCUUAAACCGUAAACAGUUCUUGGAAUGUUUCUGUGUUUUGACCUUUCAUAGUCUUAGACACACACACACACACACACACACACACACACACACACACACUGCUGCCUCAGUGCACAUGCUAGAGCACGGUCACUCGUGUCACUGGGUCGGAGGUGACCAACAAUUUAAUCUAUAUAAAUUCAUAGAAAGUGUCACAUUUUACUGAUAUAGCCUAGGCCUAAGUGCUUUUUUAAAACACAUUUCCACCAAGUCCUUAUUAGCAUAACAGCAACCUAGGCCUAAAGCUGUAGGUGACAGUGACAAUAAACAGGUUCCUAGGUUGGAAAAACUCUAGGGAGUGAAUAUGCAAACAAAUGAACGUUUUGCCCUACAUUUUCGGAACAUGUUCUGGUUUCUUCAGGUGAAUGGAACAGAUGCUGUGACUAAGAGAAGCGCCUCGUUGACAGGUGAGUGUGCACGUUUAUCCAUCCAUCCAGGUGUGGCAGCGUUAGGCAGUGAUCAAUUACACACACUACUCUCUGUACACACCCUCACACGGGCACGCACACACGUGCGCACACAUUGCUGUGCAAACAUGCUCAGAUGUUGUUUGUACAUUUGAGCCUCUGGCUGUGUGUGUCCGUCCUGUAGAAAAAGGGAUCAAGCUGGUGCAGGAGGGCCAGUAUUCUCAGGCCAUCAUUAUGUUUACAGAAGCCAUCAAAUACGACCCAAAGGAUUACAGGUAAUAUCACACCAUUACAUGUUAUAUAUCUGCAUUAUAUGACUUACUACCGCAUGACCUCUGACCUCAAUACGCUAGUUACAGUGAGCUCCAAAAGUAUUGGGACAGUGACACAAUUUUUGUUGUAACAGGGGAGGUUAGCAUUUUUGGGGGUGUAUGAUAUUUAUGCCUCUAACUUUCUCACUCACUUAUUCACGAUUCAUUCAGGAUUAUCCGUAAUCAUGGUAGCAUCCAUAUUAAUGUAGAAGUGUUGAGAAACAUUCUAUUCUUAUUUACAAUAAAAGUGACUCCAAAAUGACACUACAUUGUUUAUCAUUCAUUUAUCUUGGGCACAAAAUAAUCUGAAACACAACCAAAACAAACAGCAAAUGCAUCCAGCAAGUUUGUAGUCACUAGCUUGAUGUAAUCAUUGUGUUCUAGGAAUAUCGGACCAAAUAUUAAACUUUUUACUUCUUUAAUACACAUAUAAGUGAAUUUGUCCCAAUACUUUUGGUCCCCUAAAAUGGGGGCACUAUGUACAAAAAGUGCUGUAAUUCCUAAACGGUUCACCCGAUAUGGAUGAAUACUCUCAAAUUAAUGCUGACAGUCUACAAUUUAAUUUCAAAGCCAAAAAAAGUAAUACAUGUCACUGUCCCAAUACUCUUGGAGCUCACUGUAUCGAGCCGACAUCAAUACAUUGAUACAGUAUGACAUAGACUAUAAACAACAAUUUACCCUCUGUGUGUCUGUAUGCAUGUGUGUUUUUAUAUGUGCACGUCUCCAUCUGUCCGUGUGUGUUUAUCUGUCCGUCCUUCCAGGUUCUUUGGGAACCGGUCGUACUGCUAUAGCUGUUUGGAGCAGUACCCCCAGGCUUUGUCUGAUGCUGAGAGGUCCAUCCAGCUUGCACCUGACUGGCCUAAAGGAUACUUCCGCAAGGGCAGCGCACUCAUUGGGAUGAAGGUGGACCACAGACUGCAUAACUGUCCUCUCCUGUUCUAUUGUAAUCUAUUCUAUAGGAUGCAAAUUCUCCAUUUAGGGAUUAUUCAUAAAUUAUGUAAUAUAGGUUUAUGCAGGCAUUUUGUGUCUUGACCUCUAAGCGUGUGUGUUUGUAGCGGUACAGUGAGGCGGAGAAAGCCAUGGAACAGGUGCUGAAGCUGGAUAAAGACUGUGAGGAGGCUGUCAACGAUCUCUUCAACUGCAAAGUCUUACAGCUAAUGGUAAACAAACACAUCUCUGAAUACACAAAUGUGGCUAUGUGCUACCAACGUGCUCACGAUACGUAUGGGAAAUAGCAAAGUAUAGCUAUGUUACAGAUCCCCUAAACUGUUUCCUUGUCUCCUUUCUUUGAGGAAAAGCAGUAGAGGACAGGAGGAGUUUAGGCUAGUGCUUUUCAAACCUCUACUUUGAGACCACCAACCGUUCCAUGUACAGGGCUGUGUAAAAGUACUUGCCCCCUUUCUGAUUUUCUCUAUUUUUUCAUAUUUCUGAUACUGAAUGUUAUCAGAUCUUCAACCAAAACCUAAUAUUAGUUCAAGGGAACCUGAGUUUAAAAAUAACAGAAAAAAUGGAUACUUAUUUUAUUUUUUUAAUUAACGAAGUUAUGCAACACCCAAUUCCCCUGUGUGAAAAAGUAAUUGCCCACUUACACUGAAUAACUGGUUGUGCCACGUUUAGCUGCAAUGACUGCAACCAAAUGCUUCCUGUAGUUGUUGAUCAGUCUCUCACAUCUCUUUGGAGGAAUUUGGGCCCACUCUUGCAUGCAGAACUGCUUUAACUCAGCGACAUUUGUGGGUUUCUAAGCAUGAACUGCUCGUUUCAAGUCCUGCAACAACAUUUCAAUUGGGAUUAGGUCUGGACUUUGACUAGGCCAUUCCAAAACUUCAAAUUUGUUGCUUUUUAACCAUUUUCAUGUAGACUUGAUUUUGUGUUUUGGAUCAUUGUCUUGCUGCAUGCCCAGCUGGCCUGACAGUCUCCUGUAGAAUUAUCUGAUACGGAGCAGAAUUCAUGGUUCCUUCUAUUAAGGCAAGUUGUCCAUGACCUGAGGCAGCAAACCAUCACACUACCACCACAAUGCUUGACCGUUGGUAUGAGGUUCUUACUGUGGAAUGCAGUGUUUGGUUUUCGCCAGGCAUAACGGGACCAAUUAUUAAAAAGCUCCAACAAAAAGGUGAAACGUCUAGGGGUCACUGAGGAGAGGUUUGAAAACCACUGAGCUAGUGUACACACAAGUAAUCAUGCACUGUUUGUCCUUUUGAAUAGUCCUACAUCUGAAAACCCAGGACAGGGAAAUCAUUGUGUUGACUCUCCAGAAGAGGAGAGGACACCGCUCUAUAGACUGUUGGGAUGGAUCCUUAGUCUUGCUUCCUAACAGUCUCUCUCUCUCGCUGUCGCUCGCUGUCUCGCUCUGUCUUUCUCUCUCGCUGUCUCUCGCUCUCUCGCUGUCGCGUUCUCUCGCUCUCUCAAAUCAAAUCAAACCCUUACCACCUGGGGGCGGCCCGUCAGGAAGUCCAGGAUCCAGUUGCAGAGGGAGGUGUUUAGUCCCAGGAUCCUUAGCUUAGUGAUGAGCUUUGAGGGCACUAUGGUGUUGAAUGCUGAGCUGUAGUCAAUGAAUAGCAUUCUCACGUAGGUGUUCCUCUUGUCCAGGUGGGAAAGGGCAGUGUGGAGUGCAAUAGAGAUUGCAUCAUCUGUGGAUCUGUUGGGGCGGUAUGCAAAUUGGAGUGGGUCUAGGGUUUCUAGGAUAAUGGUGUUGAUGUGAGCCAUGACCAGCCUUUCAAAGCACUUCAUGGCUACAGACGUCAGUGGUACGGGUCGGUAGUCAUUUAGGCAGGUUAUCUUAGUGUCCUUGGGCACGGGGACUAUGGUGGUCUGCUUGAAACAUAUUGGUAUUACAGACUCAGUCAUGGACAUGUUGAAAAUGUCAGUGAAGACACUUGCCAGUUGGUCAGCACAUGCUCGGAGUACACGUCCUGGUAAUCCGUCUGGCCCUGCGGCCUUGUGAAUGUUGACCUGCUUAAAAGUCUUACUCACAUCGGCUACGGAGAGCGUGAUCACAUAGUCAUCCGGAACAGCUGGUGCUCUCAUGCAUGCUUCAGUGUUGCUUGCCUCGACGCGAGCAUAGAAGUGGUUUAGCUCGUCUGGAAAUCUUGUGUCACUGGGCAGCUCGCGGCUGUGCUUCCCUUUGUAGUCUGUAAUAGUUUUCAGGCUCUGCCACAUCCGACGAGCGUCAGAGCCGGUGUAGUACGAUUCAAUCUUAGUCCUGUAUUGACUCUUUGCCUGUUUGAUGGUUCGUCGGAGGGCAUAGCGGGAUUUCUUAUAAGCGUCCGGGUUAGAGUCCCGCUCCUUGAAAGCGGCAGCUCUACCCUUUAGCUCAGUGCGGAUGUUUCCUGUAAUCCAUGGCUUCUGGUUGGGGUAUGUACGUACGGUCACUGGUUGGGGUAUGUACGCGCUCUCUCGCGCUCCCUCUCUCUCGCGCUCCCUCUCUCUCGCGCUCCCUCUCUCUCGCGCUCUCUGUGUUUCUCGCGCUCUUUGUGUGUCUCGCUCUCUCUGUGUGUCUCGCUCUCUCUGUGUGUCUCGCUCUCACGUUCUCUCGCUUGCUCUCACUCGCUCUCACGUGCUCUCGCUCUCUCUCACGUGCUCUCGCUCUCUCUCACGUGCUCUCGCUCUCUCUCACGUUCUCUCUCACGCUCUCGCUCACGCUCUCGCUUUCUCUCGCAUUCUCUCACGAUCGCGCUCUCUCUCGCGCUCUCUCUCGCGCUCUCUCUCGCGCUCUCUCUCGCGCUCUCUCUCGCGCUCUCUCUCGCGCUCUCGCUCUCAUUCUCUCGCGUUCUCUCUCGCGCUCCCUCUCUCGCGCUCUCUGUUUCUCGCUCUCUCUGUGUGGCUCGCUCUCACGUUCUCUCGCUCGCUCUCACGUUCUCUCGUUCGCUCUCACGUUCUCUCGCUUGCUCUCACGUUCUCUCGCUCGCUCUCACGUUAUCUCGCUCGCUCUCACGUGCUCUCGCUCGCUCUCACGCUCUCGCGUUCUCUCUCACGCUCUCGCUCUCUCUCACGCUCUCGCUCUCUCUCACGCUCUCGCUCGCGCUCUCUCUCGCGCGCUCUCUCUCGCGCUUUCUCGCGCGCUCUCACGCUCUCUUGCUCUCGCGCUCUCUCUCUCGCUCUCUCUUGCGCUCUCUCUCUCACUCUCUCGCGCUCCCUCUCUCUCGCGCUCCCUCUCUCUUGCUCCCUCUCUCGCGCUCCCUCUCUCUCGCCUCCCUCUCUCUCGCGCUCCCUCUCUCGCGCGCUCUGUGUUUCUUGCGCUCUCUGUGUUUCUCGCUCACUCUGUGUGUCUCGCUCUCACGUUCUCUCGCUCGCUCUCACGUUCUCUCGCUCGCUCUCACGUUCUCUCGCUCGCUCUCACGUUCUCUCGCUCGCUCUCACGUUCUCUCGCUCGCUCUCACGUGCUCUCGCUCUCGCUCUCACGUGCUCUCGCUCUCGCUCUCUCUCGCGCUCUCACAUUCUCUCUCGCGUUCUCUCUCGCGCGCUCUCACUCUGUGUCUCUCUCUCUGUGUCUCUCGCUCUCUCUGUGUCUCUCGCUCUCUCUGUGUGUCUCUCUCUCUCUGUGUCUCUCUCGCUGUGUGUCUCUCUCUCUCUCUGUGUGUCGCUCUCUCUGUGUGUGUCUCGCACGCUCUCUCUCUCUCUCUGUGUGUCUCUCUCUCGCUCUGUGUGUCUCUCUCGCUCUGUGUGUCUCUCUCGCGCUGUGUGUCUCUCUCUCGCUCUGUGUGUGUCUCUCUCUCGCUCUGUGUGUCUCUCUCUCGCUCUGUGUGUCUCUCUCUCGCUCUGUGUGUCUCUCUCUCGCUCUGUGUGUCUCUCUCUCACUCUGUGUGUCUCUCUCUCGCUCUGUGUUCUCUCUCUCGCUCUGUGUGUCUCUCUCUCGCUCUGUGUGUCUCGCGCUCUGUGUCUCUUCGCUCUGUGGUCUCGCGCUCUGGUCUCUUGCUCUGUCUCUGUCUCGCUCUCUCUCUCUGUGUCUAUCUCUCUCUCUCUCUCUGUGUCUCUCUCUCGCUCUGUGUCUCUCUCUCGCUCUGUGUCUCUCUCUCGCUCUGUGUCUCUCUCUCGCUCUGUCUCUCUGUGUCGCUCUCUCUCUGUGUCUCUGUGUGUCUCUCUCUCUCUCUGUGUCUCUGUGUGUCUCUCUCUGUCUCUCUCUCUCUCUGUCUCUCACUCUGUGUCGCUCUCUCUCACUCUGUGUCGCUCUCUCUCGCUCUGUGUCUCUCUCUCGCUCUGUGUCUCUUGCUCUGUGUGUCUCUCUCUCGCUCUGUGUGUCUCUCUCUCGCUCUGUGUGUCUCUCUCUCGCUCUGUGUGUCUCGCUCUGUGUGUCUCGCUCUGUGUGUCUCGCUCUGUGUGUCUCGCUCUGUGUGUCUCUCUCUCUCGCUCUGUGUCUCUCUCUCUCGCUCUGUGUCUCUCUCUCUCGCUCUGUGUCUCUCUCUCUCGCUCUGUGUCUCUCUCUCGCUCUGUGUGUCUCUCUCUCGCUCUGUGUGUGUCUCUCUCGCUCUGUGUGUGUCUCUCUCGCUCUGUGUAUCUCUCUCGCUCUGUCUCUCUCGCUCUGUCUCUCUCUCUGUGUCGAUCUCUCUCGCUCUGUGUGUCGCUCUCUCUCGCUCUGUGUGUCUCUCUCGCUCUGUGUGUCGCUCUCUCUCGCUCUGUGUGUGUGUCUCUCUUACUCUAACUCUCACUCUCUCUGUCUCUAGGAUCUGGGUUUUGAGGAGGUGCAGAGUGUGUUGCUGCUGGAGCGAUUCACCACUCUACAGGCUGUGCUGACCUCACCUGAGGCUUCUAGUGGUGAGGACACACACACACACACACCAUUGUGCAGGCCGUGCCAGUGGUAUGGAAAUACAUGCAAUUCCUCUUCUUAAGCCAAGAGGGCAGCAAUGUCAGGAAUUAGUCUAAUUUAAAUGGAAUUGGGAAGGAAAGAGAAGACAUUUCUGUGAGUUAUUGCUGAAUUGUAGAAGGUUACAAAUGAAGUCAGUUGUUGCCUUCUCUCUCCUCAGUGGUGAGCCAGGAUUCCUCAUUGGGCUUGCCAGGGUAGGUGGAUAUUAUCCUAUCUCAUUGACCCAAUAAGGGUCAGGGGUCAUGGCCCCCAAUAGAAAAACAUACAUUUUUGAUUUCCUUAUUUGGUGUGGACAAGUGUGUGUAACUUGACAUCUGUGUGGACGUAAGUGAUGUCUCUUCCCUAUUCGGCCUCUCUCUUCCUCCUUCAGGUCCCCUUGUGCGUCUCUCUGGGUGGGGAACGUGACCUCUGAGCUGACUGAGAAACACCUAUUGGACCUCUUUAAAACCUACGGGGAGAUAGACAGCAUACGAGUUCUCCACGAGCGGUUCUGUGCCUUCGUCAACUUCAAGAACGCCAACAUGGCAUCGCGGGCCAUGGAGAAACUCCACGUGAGUGGCCUUCUGUGAGGUCAUAAUGUGGCUCUUUUCAGUGUUUUUUUUUUUUGAAUGUCUUGUUUUAUUAAAUAUAUAUUUGAAUGUUUUAUAUUUAUUACAGAAAUGCACAGUGAAGUUUUCUAUUCUAUUGACCGUAAUGUAUUUGUAUUUUGUGGGUGUAUGUGUUCCCCCACAGGGCUACAGUAUAGAGAACACAAGGUUGGUGGUUCGCUACCCAGACCAUCGCACCCAGAGGGCUCUACCCAUCCCCCUCAAGACCAGCCCCCUCGCAUUGCAACAGGCAGCUGCUGGGUAAGAAAACACCUUUUAAAGCUGAGAUACGUGAAAGGUGAAACGGCGCCACUGUGCCACCUUGUUGACUGUCUGCACCACUGUGAAAAAACUUUAUGAUAUAAGGAACUUUUUUGCUCUAGAUUACAGGAAAUGGCAAUUACAGGUGUUCAAAACCGCAAAAUUCUUGGCACUGCCCCCCUCCGGGCCUCCCACCCAGCCGUACUCAGCAGCACCACCUUGUUAAAAAAUCCAUAUGAAAAUCCUUCAUCUGACUCUGGGGAAGUAGAUUAAGGGCUUCAUUGCCAAAAUCCUGAAGAAUCCCUUUAAAAUAAAGUGCUUCAUUGCCAAAAUCCUGAAGUAUCCCUUUAUGAUAAAGCAAGAGCAAAUCCGUUGAGGAUGAGCCACGUGGCCCACUUUAACAUUUGUAUAAUUUCAUCCCAAAAUCACAUUUACGUAACUUUCUAACCUUCUUGCCCCUUUUCCAGUCCCAGACGUUGUGGCCCAGUGAACGGAGAUGAGUGCUACUUCUGGAGGACCACCGGUUGCCAUUUUGGGGACAAGUGUCGCUACAAACACAUUCUUGAACAGAGAGGCAAAGACCGGAAGCCCUGGCAGCCCUGAGCACAGUUUCAAAUCAAAUCAAAUUUUAUUUGUCACAUGCACCCAAUACAACUGGUGAAGACUUUACCGUGACACUUUUCCUCCUCAAUUCUGGCCUUUUAUUGAAACUGGGACCCCAUUAUGGACACUGACUGA